GAAAGCCCUAGCAUCAUCCACAAGUCAGCCACGCAUCCUGUCUCUCCAAAAAAAAGAGUGGCAGCCACAGCAAUUCCCCAAUCGCGUACGGUCUUCCGCCCCCAUGUCCGGCGAGCGCAGUCUCGACGACAACUCCCAGUGGCGCGAUUCCGGUGACAAAUCUUGUUUGCUGAAAACCUCCUUCACCUACAAGGGCGAGGCUCCCCUCCCAGCGUUCUUGUUCGUCUGUGAGAUCUGAUGCCACUGGCGAUUUCUCCAUCUCCCUCCGUCCUUCCGCGUGACCAUUUUGAUUCGGAGAGCAGCAAUAUGGGAGGCACUCCUCCUGGCGUCGAUUCCUCCCCCGGUGAUGAGUUAUCCGCGACAGCUAUGGCACCAUCCGGUUGGUCGGACCUCCCAAUGGAUCUUCUUCUCAGCAUCCUGCAACGCCUUGAGCUCCCACAAGCCCUCGCAUUUGCAGCCGUCUGCACAUCAUGGUGCUCGGCUGCCAUAGCAGCCGGCAUCCCAUGUUCUCGCAGGCCAUGGCUCGUGUCUUGGGGCAACUUCCUGGAGCAAAGGGAAUUACAGCUGAAAUCCAAGAUGAAAUGGGUCCCAGCAGCAGCAACCUGCAAGUUCCGCCAUCUCCUUGACGCGGACAAGGUUUAUAAUGUUAAUUUUCCCAAGGGUUGCUUCGUUGCAUGUUGUGGAGCCUCCCAUGGAUGGCUGUUUCUGGUGAACGACCUCUCCAAUCUUGUUCUGUACAACCCUUUCAACUCGUGCAUGAUCCCUCUCCCGCCAAUCACCGAUUUCUCGUGUGUGACGGCAGUUUACGACAGCGCAGGGAAUUUGGAACAUUACCUUUUUAUGGGUGACACAGUCUAUCAGGCAAAUUAUCUAGGAGCGUGGUUUUAUCAGAAGGCUGUGUUGUCCUGCAGCCCGUCUAAUGGUGGUGACUAUGUUGCGAUGAUCAUCCACCGAGAUAGUGAUUGGCUUUCUUUCGUUAGGGCAGGCGAAAGCAAGUGGCAAACUGCUUCCAUGUUAGAUCUGAGCAAGCUAGAUCGGUACACUGACUGUGCAUACCACAAUGGGAGGUUCUACAGCGUGACAUUGCAAGGAAAAGUGGAUAAGUGGGAUCUCAAUGCACCGGAUGGACCAACAAAGGAGGCGAUUAUUGAGCAUAGGCACUAUGCGCCUGUUAUUACUAGACAGCUGGUAUCUACACCGUGGGGUGAUCUCUUGCAAGUCCGUGUGAUUUAUACAAACGCGAAGAGUAGGUACCCAGAUAAUGUCAAGUUCCAGAUUCGCAAGGUUGAUCUUGAAGGAUCGAGAAAUGUGUCGAUCAAGGACUUCGGAGAUCAUGCUAUUUUCAUUGGACUGAACCACUCGGCAUGUUUGCCCACGGAGAGGCUCCCUGGUGUGCAGCCUCGUUUCAUCUAUUUCUCUGCUCCUUGGAUGCUACCGACAAUUGAUUUGUUCGGCCGAAUUCGUGACUGGGGAGGUGUAAGGGCCUACAACCCCAAAACAAGGACGUUCAAGCGGGUUUUCCCCUUCGGAGGUAUGUGUAAUUCUUUGAGCACCGUUUACCCUUCGGAGGUAUGGAUCACUCCGAACAUGUGAAAGAUAGGACCGUGUCUCCAGAAUCUAAAUUAGUUUGUCAAAUAAAAUAACUGUCUGUAGAGGUCACCCAGCACACUUCUGUGGAUUGAUUAAAGAUUUGUAAAGACCUGGGUUGUAUUACAGUUCUGUGAAUGAGAUGGUUAUUUUUAAA